CAUCCACUGCAUGAAUUCAUCCUAGAUUAUUCCUGCUACCUGCCUGCUUCUCCUAUUCAUCCUUUUCUCUUUUCUGCUAUCAGAGGACACACAUGCAAUUCAUCUGACUGAGCUUUUUCCUCGAUUUUUGGCAAAGAAGGACAGGGAGGAAGGACACAUUUCAAGGUCUAGAGAUGGCACCCAAACGAGAACCGUCAAUUAAAAAGUCUCCAUCAGGGGGAACGUUACCAAGGCACGGACCACCAUUUCCUUGCCCUACCACAACACCCUCACCCCCAAAACCAGCUCCUGAGUUGAAACCACGGAUGCUGCGCCCUUCUGAUUCCCCCUUUGACCCCAGCACGUUAGAGAUUGAGUUUAACUUGGAGCAAAUACACGAAUUUAAAGAAGCCUUCCUCCUGUUUGACCGGACGGGAGAUGGGAAGAUCACCUACAGUCAGUGUGGGGAUGUGAUGCGUGCACUGGGCCAGAAUCCCGUCAAUGCCGAGGUGCUCAAAGUCCUGGGUAACCCAAAGGCAGAAGAAAUGAACCAUAAACUGCUGGACUUUGAACAGUUCCUGCCCAUGCUCCAGGCCAUUGCCAAGAACAAAGACCAGGGCACGUUUGAGGACUUUGUGGAGGGGCUUAGAGUAUUUGACAAGGAAGGCAACGGCACAGUCAUGGGUGCUGAGCUCCGCCAUGUUCUCACCACACUGGGAGAGAAGAUGACCGAAGAGGAGGUAGAAACGCUUCUAGCCGGACACGAAGAUGCUAACGGUUGCAUCAAUUACGAAGCCUUCGUUCGCCACAUCAUGUCUGGCUGAGAGAUGUCUCGGGUAGCUCGUCCGCAUGGUCAUGAGCGGUUGAAGAUAAAGACCACAACUCAUUUGUUUGUCUAUUUUCUAUGUAAUAAUUUCUUUAUAUGUAUUUUUUUUUUUUUU